AUGACGUUUACCAUCGACAAGUUUACAAGAGCCCUAGCGUGGUUCCUUGUUCUGGACGUCACCGUGGUUUCCUACGCCGAGAGGUCACAUUUCGUGACGACGGAGCUGAACAUACGUAAUGAAAUGCAAGGCUUGAAACGUUCGGAAAUCGUAUACCACUGUCGAGCUAUAAACAGUGGCCUUGAAUACGGAUGGAGACGAGCCAAAAAGCCAUCAUUGGGCCAUUCCUUCCGCGUACUCUUGGAAGGAGGCCAAAAACUCGAGGAGGAGAUUCACCGCUGCCAUUUCCGGUCGGUGCUCGGUACAGCGGAUGUCGAUAUCCGUAUGACGGCGAUCGAUGCCGAGAUUUGUAAUUACAAAAACGGAUGUGCGGUUCACUUUGUUACACCGGAAGGGAUUGUGUACGAUGGUAAAGAAUGGAAUUUUGAUGGGAGGUAUCCAAAACUGAUACCGCGGAGUUACAUCGAAGCUAAGUGGAAACCGUGGCCACGACGCGGUAGCCAAAGUCGCUCAGGUGGUUCACAAUGA